AUGGCGCCACAGGUUACCAGUUGGGAGGAAUUGCUUUGGGUGUCUGAAGAAGUCGAUGAGGACACUGGAGACUUCCAAUAUACCAUGUUCGCUACGGUGGAAGACGACAUGAUAUACUACGGCCAGUUGAACAAGCCAAAAGCGGACAUCUUAUUUCAGCAUGCUGCUGACUCCCUUGCUCGAAUUCCUGACGAGGAAAUCUUUCCCCGGUGGCCCCAAGGUCUCACUCUCACUAAAGCUCCUGAGGAGCUCCCGCCAGACGUUUUCGUCAAGCGGCCCAGGCUAGCGCUGUACGAUAUCUUCUUAAAGCAUAAAGUCGUGCAUCUCCUCCCCAAGGGAUUGGCGGAAGAGGCAGAAGCAAUGGAACUGCUGGGGAGCCAACCUCACCCAAACAUCGUUGGAUACCAUGGUUGCCACGUGCGACGGGGGUAUAUCACUGGACUCGUGCUCGACCGACACCCCCAUGACUUGAACAGCUACCUAAAGAGCGGCCACACCAUCCAAAACAAAGAGCUCUUUAUAGAGUCACUGGAGUCGGCAAUUCAUCAUUUACACUCGCUUGGCUGGGCCCAUAACGACCUCAACCCCACAAACGUCCUCGUGGCAGAGGAUAGUAGACCCAUUCUGAUCGACUUUGGCUCGGCUCGUAGAAUUGGGGAGAAGUUAUCGACUAGCCGAGGUACGAAAGGUUGGAUUGAUUGCGAGAUGAAGCACUAUACGACGUCAGAAAUGCGACAUGACACUUCAGCUCUCACCAAGUUUCUUGACAACCAGAAGUUCUGCAUGGCUGGAUAG